AUGGCAGGCGGAGGGGUGUUCAUCGAGGCCGCGGGUGACGGCACCACGUCCACGUCCACGGAAGGCUCCAAGACGUACGCCGUGGUCGUGUGCGUGUUUGCGUCGCUGGGCGGCAUCUUCUUUGGCUACGACCAAGGCGUGACGGGGGGCGUCCUGGUGAUGGAUUCGUUCUUGAACGACUUUUGCGUCGACUACGACGGCAACACGUACCUCCAGUGCACGUCAACGGCGGCGGACCUACCAGCCAACUGGCUCAACUUUACGACGCUUUUCAACGUGCUGUACUACAUCGGGUGCAUCUUAGGCGCGUACGUGGGCGGUGUGGUGGCGGACAAGUUUGGUCGCCGCAUGACCAUCAUGAGCGCGGGGGUGCUGUUCUGUAUCGGCACAUGUAUGCUGGUGUUCACGGGCAGAGGGGGGCACACCCUGUCGCUGAUCGCGCGCGUGAUCCAAGGCAUGGGCGUGGGCAACUCGUCGUUCUCGUUGCCCAUCUUCGGGGCCGAAAUGGCGCCAAAGGAACUGCGCGGCAUGCUCUCGGGGUUCAUGCAGAUGUCCAUCGUCACGGGCAUCUUGCUCGCGGGGAUCGUCAACAUCGCCGUGGAGAAUACGGAGCACGGAUGGCGCACCACCAACGCCGUGGCUAUGGCGUUCCCCGUGAUCGUCAUGGCUGGCAUCUUUUGCGUCCCCGAGAGUCCCCGAUGGUGGUCCAACUUUCAAGUGAUGCGGGUCAUGUUGCGAGAAUACCAGCUAGCCGAACAGGAAUGGGACUACCUAUUGCCAGUGGUCCAAGCCAACCUCAACCAAACACCGGCAGCAUCACUGGCGAGCAAGUCGCCGAUGGAGCUAUUCACGGCUUUGAACCCGGCGACUCCCCUGGAUGUCGUCGUGGUGGGCAUGAACAAGGAACUCCGAGAGAGCGACUGGACGGUCAAGGACAUCCCCGAAAACCUGGACAAGCUGCGUGCUAGCCUGCAAGUCAUGCACAAAGAAGUCCUAGACAAGAAUGCGAUGCGUGCAGCGAAAGCGACAAAAGCGACCGAGAAAUACGAACAGUGCAACGUCAGCGAAGGUGACUACGUGCUCUGGUCCCGUUUCGACGAACGCUAUCACCCCAUGCUGCUCGUAACCUGGACAGGCCCCUACCGAAUCAAGGAAGUGGGCGAAUUCUCCGUCGUUCUGGAGCACUUGGUGACCCACGAACUGCGGGAAGCGCACACAUCAAGAAUGAAGCUCUACGCUGAAGACAGCUUUGAAGUGACCGAAGAAAUCCUCGAACACGUUUCCGAGCAAGGGAUCAUACUGAAGGUCAAGUCCAUCGCGGGACACAAGUUUGUCGCGGAUGUGAAAGACUUCAUGCUGGAAGUGCUUUCGGAAGGUUUUUCAGAUAUCGAGUCCUCAUGGGAACCGCUGUAG